AUGUCUCAAUCAUCAAGGUUAAGUAGUCUAUCUACUAAGCCAAAAGCCAAAUUAUUGUCCACUAAUGAGUUUUAUAAUCUCAGUAGAAGGAUGAAGAAAAUCUACUUCAAGGGUUUAUUUGAAAAAGAUCAGUUUAGCGCCCGAGUGAUUUCCAAACAUGUUCAUACGCGCACCACGACUCCAAGACGAAUGGUAAAUUUCUUUUCUCCCACAUAUCACGACCCAGUUGGCGACCAUCUACCCAAUGAAAUACAAUACCUAUUAUUUUUCAUGGGUACCAAUGAAGAUUUGGAAAGGGAAAAUGCUGUUGUUGUCGAAACAAACUCAACCCAAACGGGAAACAACGAGGAGAACACAUCUAGGCUUUUACUAUUUGGAGAGGGAGAAUCUUCUACUACUACCGCUAACAACCUUGAUAAGAUCUUAGUUGCUACUAAUGAUGAGAACAUACAAGACAACCAGGUUGAAUCAACAAUUAAUAAAUUAAAAAAUUCAGUGGGUGCCAACAUUUCCUUUAAUUGGAACAAAGCCAAAGUACAUUUCAAGCGAACAAAUUCGAAAAUGCAAAACUCAAGAAUUGUCAAAAGCAUGUCAAGAGUGUUAGCAAAAUAUGAGGAAACCUUCCGUUUGUCCAGUGAAGUCAGUUCUGAUUCCUUUCGAGACGAAAACACCUUUGAUGGUAUCAAUAACGAACCAGGUAGUUUCAAUACAACAGAUUCACGUACUAGUUAUCCAAAGCUUAUUCGCCGAUCCCAAAGUGCACCCGUCCCCCUUUCCAAUUCCCUAUAUUUUCAACACCAAUACCCUAUAAGUGUCAGUGCUCUGAUUCAUGAUGAAGGCCAUGAAAAUGAGGGUUCCGCAAUAGAUUCCAAUGGACAACAUUCAUAUUACACUGCUUUGGAAUAUCAGAAAGGUAAGUAUCAACCUCCAUCUUCAUGGGAUUCCUCCCAGAGAAAUCGCUCCCUAAGAAUUGUUUUGGGUGUUCAAUCUGAAGAAUAUAACAUUGGCCAUUUGGUUAUGCAAUAA